UUUCAGAAAAAAAAAAUGAAUGCAAUCAUGAAAAGUUUAUCUCGUCAUUCUGCAAAAGAAUGGAUAAGUUAUUUCUGUUCCACUCAUUUUUGGGGUCCUGUUGCCAACUGGGGUAUCCCAAUUGCUGCAUUGGCGGAUUUAAAAAAGAGUCCCGAGUUAAUUUCAGGUCCAAUGACCACUGCUUUAUGCAUCUAUUCAGCAGUUUUUAUGCGAUUUGCAUGUCGUGUCGAACCGCGCAAUAUGCUUCUUUUCGCAUGCCAUUUCGCAAACAUCUCUUUGCAACUCAUGCAGAUGGCCCGUUUUCUCAACUACAACUACCUACAUAUUAUGGAGGAUCCAACAUUCGCUUAUGAUCGAACUAACAGCACGCUUCUUAUGGAGAAAAUGGACUAAGUUGUAAUAACACAGAAGGAGAUGAAUGGAGCGAAAUAUCCCUCCACAUCUGAUCUUCCAGGAAUUUCUGCACAUAUAUUCGUUAAGAAAUGAUUAGUUCUUUUUUUUGUAAUCUUGUAUUUAUACUGUAGUACUGUAUUUCUUUGCAUCCGAGUUUUCUAGUUUACUUCGCUUUCGCUUUGUAUAGGUGCUUGUAAAUUCCCAUGUACAGUAGAUAAUCACUGCGAUUUGAAUAAAGUUUGUGAUUCAGG